AUUAAGAUCACGGGUUCCGACCCUAACGAGCUUGCGGAAAAUAUGUGAGCAUAUCUUGGCGGGCGCUUGAAUACCAGCUACCGCAAUUCGCUCAAUGCGGUAGUGAACAGUAUGAGCUGAGCUUAACAUGUGUCUUCCAAUACUUAGUGUUUGUGCCGCAUGGAAAUGCGACGAAUCACCACUACGCUUAAUGAGCUGAGGUUUUUGCCAAGGCAAAGGAGAGUCGUUGUGAUUUGUGCGCGCCGUGGGGCUUGGGGAGAUGGGCGUCAGCAAUAUAGAUGGGACUUUGGUCUUACGGGGGGCGAUGCAUGGAGGGAGGGAGGACUCGAUUAUUUCGGGGGUCGGAUUACUGCAUAGUCCUUCUUCUUGGUCGUCCUUCUCUGCUUGCUUCGCCUCCUCCCAUGCAAUGUACCUAUGUGCAAGAAUUCUUCUAGUUUUCAUCUUGCUCUCCUUUACACCACACUUUUUUUCUUGUUUUCUCCUCGUUUUAAGCGGUAUUUCUUGCAACGUUGUCGUUGCUUUUCUUUGCGCGUGUACAUAUCCUGUGUUUGACGGAUUGUGUAUGCUUAUUUUCGAUCAAAGUUUACAAGACAAGAGAAGAGAGAUAAACCAUGUCUCAACCCACUAUCACGGUAGGACCCGAUGGAGACUUCUUCCGUGGUCCACUGUCGACGCUGUUCCAGCCCCCCGCCUCCUGUAGUCUCUAUACGAUAUGGGAGUUUUCAGAUGUAAAUUAUCUGUGGAUGGCCCAUGAUAAGUUCGUCCCCUACCAUGAUCCGAAUUGCCUGCCGCCGCCAAACGAAGGAGUCGAUCUGAGCAAGACGGAGAGUUGGUUUUCGUACUAUUAUAGUCCAGGGAUAUGUCCGCAAGGAUGGCAAACAGCAACGACCUUCACAUCCUCGUUCCCAGGUUUCAACGGCGUGGAUGGUCUGAAGCUGGGUUCAGAUACUUCGGCAGCAUUGUGUUGUCCAAGCGGCUUCACAUACACCGUCUCGGAUUGGGGCCAAGGCAAUCUCUGCGGCUCAAGCAUCAAAAGCGGCCAGCAAGUCGCAUACUUCUGGCCAACAGAUUCCACCUCCUACUGGGACCACGGCCCCGUCUACACAACGACAGUGACCGACCCAACCUCCGUCCUCGGCCACGGCAUCCCCAUCUGGUGGCAGAAAACAGACGAAGCGAUGCUAGCUUCGGCGGCGCAGGCUUCAACCACCAUGAUCCCGCCUUCGACGUCCUUUUCUACUACGUCGCCGCCAAAAUCAAGGUCAACCAAGACGGGCCCGGCAGCGACUGGAGGAGCGGAUGCGGCGGGCGCUGGUGAGGAGAAGGAUGGGUUAUCUGUCGGAGCUAAGAUCGGGGUCGGGCUUGGUGCAGGCGUUGGGGUUAUAGCUGCGCUGUGUUUUAUUCUCUUCCUGUUGCACCGCAAGAAGCAGCGGAAUAAGACUAGCGAGUACGCGGGCGUGAAUCAGGAUGUAUAUGCUGGGUCUCCUGCUGCCACUGACGUUGCGGCGGAUGUUACGAAUAGUGCUUAUAGCACAGGAGCGGAUAGUGGAGUGGUGCCGCCGUCGUACCACGAUCAGAAGGUCGUGUAUGAGUUGAGGGAUAGUAGAGAGGUGGGGGAACUGGAUGCAAGUGCACCGGUGACAAGGCCCGUGACGCAUGAGAUGCCUGCAUGA